UCCCCCCCGCGUCUUCCACCUCGGGUGGCGCGGCCCUGCAGCGGCGACGUCACCGCCAUGGCCGCCGACGCGGGUCCCGGCGAGGAGCGGCCGCUCCUGGGCAACAACGAUGAGGAGGAGGCGGCGGCGGCGAUGGGCCCCGUGGCCGCGCUCUACUUCUACUCGCUCAGCCGCGUCAAGCAGACGCUGUCGGCACUCCCUCUGGGCAUGGAACCGGAAUCCGACCUCUAUGGCUUCCCAUGGGAUGUCCUGCUGCUGUUCAGCCUCCUCCUCUUCCUCCUCGGCGCGGUCCACCUCUAUUUCAUCCGCCUACGGAUAAAAAAGAAGUUUUGUUUACUGACGGAGGCACAGCUCGUGGAUACCAUCAGGAGCCAUAUGGAGGACAAAUCCAGGAUGGCCAGCGACCUCCAAAACCUCCAAGCACAGCUCCAGGAGAAGGACCAGGAAAUCAAGGAUGCGAUUCGUUUCGAUUCAACCUCGGAAGAAAUCGAAGAACUCCAGAGUGAGCGCGACCGUCUCACCGACGCCAGAGAGAAGCUGCAGCAGGAGCUGUCCCAGGUGAAGGCAGACCUGGAAGAGGCAAGAGAGAAAGAGAAGCAGUAUGAGAAGGAGUUUCUGGAGCAGACGCAAAAGGCCCAGGUGAAUGAGGAGAGCACUGCUGCCAUGAAGGCUCAGAUUGCGCAGGCCAAUGAUGCGCUUGAGGAGGCUGAGAGGAAGGCUCAGGGCUUGGAGGAACGCAUUUACCACAUCGACGGCGAGAUGAAGGCCCUGAACCAGCGCAAGCAGCAGGUUGAACAGGAGAAGGCGCAGCUGAUGGAGCAGAUUGCCGAGCUCCAGGAGCAAAUGAGCCUCAUGCAGAGGAGCAUCCGAGACCUCAAUGAAUCGGUGACCAUCAAAGACAGAGAGAUUGAGACUCUGAAGGAAAGCUUCCUGCAACUCAAGGAGCUGGACUCGGACUCUGAGGAUGAGGGGGCCUCUGGGGAAGAGCACGCUAAAGAAAAGAUGACAUCUUCAAAUUGCAAUAACGGUGGAGUGAAAGAAACAAGAAAGGACAAAGUGAAAAAUCUGCUGGAUGCCACCAAGACGGUAGAAGGUCUCAUGAAUGUGGCCAGACUCAACACAAAGUUGAAGAUCGCUGAAGAAGAGAAGAAAAAGACAUGGGAGAAGCUCGCGUAUGAGAUGAAGUCACGGAAGGAAGUUGAUGAUCUGGUGAAGGGCCUACAGUCACAGAGCGAAUUGAUGAACAGCGAGCGGGAGGAGGCGAAGGCCGAACUGCAGCGCACAAAGCAGCAGCUGGAGAUUGCCACGCAGAUGUUUCACGAGAAGGAGAUGGACCUGCAGAGGCGACUGAUGCAGGAGGAGCUUCAGCGUGAGCAGAGGGAGCAGGCCAUCUCUGCUGCAGACGAGAAGAUGAAGAACGCAUUGGAGGAAGCCAGCCUCUACAGGAAACAAGUUCAGGACAUUAAGGAAGAACUUGAAAAAACAGAGCGCUCAUACAAGACUCAGCUCUCCGCAAAUGAUCACAAAGCGCACAACAACUGGGUGGCGGCGCGGCAAGCUGAACGGGAGCUGCUAAAUGCCAAGAGGGAGGCGUCCAAUCUCAGGCAGAGGGUGACAGACAUGGAGUUGAGGCUCAACCAGGAGCGCCAGGGGCAGCAACCACGGGGCCCUCCCUCUGCACGCAGGGGCCCUCCAGCUCAGGAGGGAUCUCUGCGCUCCUCGCCCUCCAGCAGCGGGCGUCCCUCCCCUCCGCUGGGAGUCGACGGGGCACGCAGGCCCGUCUCCUCUUCUUCCAACCAAGGAUUUCAACUUCCGCUUGAAACGUCGCCCACGUCGCAGAGAGCUCCGCGUCCGCCCCAGGACCUGCCGGCCGCCUUCGGCCCGGCGCCGCCGCUCAUGAGCCCCACGCUGCAUCACCGGCCCCCCAUGCCGCAGGGCAUGAACCUGGCACGAGGCUACGGGCCGUAUCCACCGGGCGGGCCCCUGCCGCCCCCGGGACCUCCGUACGGCAGCCCGGCUCCCGACCGCCACCCUGACGGGCCCUACCCUCCUUACGGAGCGGGCGGUCCACUUGGGCCACCCGGGAUGUACGGUCCCCUUCCCGUGGGCCCCUACGGGCCUCCGGAGCGCUAUCCAGGGCCGCCGCAUGCUGCUGCUUGGAGAGGCCCCCCCAUCUACUCGCCCCCAAGGGGCGGUCCUCCCGGCGCCUUCCCCCCCGGCGUCGCCCCUCUCCCAACACGGCCCGACGCGCUGGCCGCCCCCGACGGCGUGAGCCGCGGCGCCCCGGACCAGGGCGCCCCGGGCAGCAUGCCUCCCUCGAGCGCCGGCCCGGCCACGGCAACGCAGGCCGAGCCGUAAACGGCUUCGGCUGACGCUGCGCGCCAAAACGCUCACCGCGUCUUCGAAUCUUUUCAGUACUUGCCCCUCGCUCGAUCGCUCUCUCGCUCGCGUCCGCCGUGCGACGAAGCCCAAAGAACUGCCGCGUUACGUGUCCUCCCAUCGCCAGACCGGGCCCUGGUACCGCGUGACACCGUAUUAAAGGGACGGGCGAAGAGGGUGCACGAUUGGUGUUCCACCACUGUGGGUGCGUGCCCUUCACAGUAACCAAACCGAGAGGACACCACCCAUUUUGAUACUGUUUCCACCAUAAGUAAUGUUAAGAUGUUGCAUAUCCAUCCCCUUGUUGGGAAUUCCGAGGCGAGUGACCAUGCGUGUCCACGGCGUCGCCACUUCGGGCUCCUCCUGCUUUGGUAUCCUGGGCUAUCGCAGACCAUUCACAAGUGACGAAAUAUUUUAGUAAUUUAUGCCUGAAAUGUGAGCAUAGUGAAAUGCUUAUGUACAUAAAUAAUAACAAAAAAAGAAUACAUUUAAAUGGAUGCAUCACAAUAAUUGGACUGCCAAAAAACCCCUAAAUUUUGCGGUAUCAUGUAUUCUAAUAAAGUAAUUUCUUUGAAAAA